GGUGUGACCCGGUAAUUGAUAUCGUUUUCUAAAGAUAACUUUUAGAAAGCGAUAUCAAGCUAAGAGCUACUAUAAAAAGAUUUAUAUAUUUUUUAAUUGGGAAACAAUAGUUUAAAUUCAGAAAAGUAUUUUCGGGAUUGCAAUAUUACCAUAUAGAACCUAUAACUAUAGUAAUUUUAUAGUUCUUGAAAAAGGAGCUUGUAUGAUUUUUGACUAAUUACCUCCUUCUUUUCGAAGUCGGUUAAAAAUAAAAUAAAAAGAAAAUCACAAAAUAUGGAAUUUAGAAAGAACGAAGUUGUUUGAUACGUAAUGGUAGAGAGAAAUCAACCCUGGCGAAGAUAUUUCUUCUGAGGUGGCGCUUAAAUCAGUUUCUGUUCGGCCUAAUUUUCGAUGAAACGUUGACUGUUUUACCGACGCGGAAUUCGAAGUUCGGCCUCCACACUAGCAGCGCCCUAACUAAAGUACUUACUUACUUGUAAAAGAGAUUUAUAACAAAUUUUUUAAGAAAGAUACUCAACAUUAGUAUAAAAUUCAAUAUGAAGUUUAAUACUAAUUCUUUAAAAUCCUGCGUCGCUCGAAUUGGUACUUUAUCAGAGUUUCAAAGAAUUCCCAAUGCUAGCUUUGAAACUCCUCUGGCUCUUAUUUAUACAAAGGGAGGCAUCGUUCCACACUUAACAAAGGAUGUCUUCCAAAUGGUUACCAAAGAUCCACAGUUGUUAUCUGUUUCUCUUACCUCUACAAUUUCAAUGUUAGAAUCAAUAAAAGAUUGCAGUGUUAACUUUGCAGAAUUUGUUGGUAUGAAGGAAUAUUUAAAUUUUCUUACAACUCAUGACCCAUGUUAUGCUAUCCCAUCAGGUUAUCAUCAACCUGAUUCUAUUCCUUUAUGGACUAAAAAUGGAAAACAUAUGUUAACACCUAGUAAAUACAUGGAUAUUAUAGAAGCAUUUAAACCAGAUUUGUAUGUUGCUUUUCAUGAUGGAGAUACCAAUAUUAAUAGUAGUAAAAGAAGGGUAUCAAAGGCUGUACAUCGUAGUAUGGUAUUUUUUGAACAGUGUAUGCUCAGACAUUCAGCUUCCAUUGAAUUAAAAUCUUCAGAAAUAUUGGGUGCUAUUGAAGGUGGCUAUGACAUAGAAGCUAGAACAGUGUCAGCCAAUUUUUUAAAAGAUAAACCUGUAUUAGGAUAUAUAAUUGAUGGACUGCAUAAUAAUGGACCAGAUGUAACAAAUAUACAAACAGAUCAAAUUAAAAAAGUAGUAUCACAUGUCAUUAACAUUUUACCUCCUGAAAAAUUAAAAGUAUCAGUAGGAUGCUGGAAUCCCCUUACUGUACUAGAUCUUGUUGAAUUAGGUGUAGAUGUAUUUGAUACAUCAUACCCUUAUAUAGCUACUCAAAAUGCAGAAGCUUUAACUUUUUUAUGUGAUCAUGAUGUUUGCAAUAACAUGGAACAUGUGAUGUCAUUUAAAGAAGAUAGGUAUAAGGAGGAUUUUUCUCCCAUAUGCUCGCAUUGCGAGUGUGUUGCAUGUAAAAAUCAUACCAGAGCAUAUUUACAUCAUUUAUGUAAUACUAGAGAAAUGCUUUCUAUGGUACUCUUAAUGAUACACAAUGUACAUCAGUAUCUUGAAUUUUUUAAGAUUAUACGGGAAAGUAUAAGAAACGGCACUCUUGAUCAGUGUAGAAAAAAAAUUAAUUUAAAGUUCAAACAGACGAAUAACACCUAGUCAAGUAAGUCUACAGAUAUAGGAAGCAGGAGAUGUACAAAAACAACCAAAUUGUAAAAAAGUAUUAAUAGUUUAAUAUUAAAUUAUUUUUACAUGCUGGUUUUAUAAUAAAAUCAUAUCGAUACAAA